AUGUUCUUCUUGGAUGCGUUCCUCAAAGGUCUACACAAACAGGGUGACGAUGAUGCAAUCGAUCGGCUCAAUUACUACUGGACCCCAAUGCUUCUUGUCAUUUUUGCAUUGACACUUUCAGCUAAACAGUAUGUCGGACAGCCAAUUCAAUGCUGGAUUCCAGCUCAAUUCACAGGCGCUUGGGAGCAAUACAGUGAAAACUACUGCUUCGUCCAGAAUACUUAUUUCAUUAGUCCAGACAAAUACAUCCCAGAUUCUGAAAUUGAUCGUGAAGGUGCUGAAAUCGGAUACUACCAAUGGGUUCCAUUCAUUCUUGGACUUCAAGCCAUUCUAUUUUAUCUUCCUUCUCUUUUCUGGCGUCUGAUGAACUUCAACUCUGGAGUUGCCCUAAAAAAAAUGCUUUUUGGAGCCAAAAAAGCGGAUCGUGUUGAUGAAAAAGCACGUCAUGAAGCAGCAAAAGCCACCGGAGCUCAUCUUUUUGAAUCUCUCACUCUUCAAUCUCGUUUCGCAAAAUAUAGCUCUUCAUUCACUUACGGAGGAAACUACUUGUCUUUGUUGUAUCUUUUCGUCAAAUUUCUCUACUUAGUUCAAAUCGUUUUCCAAUUUAUUAUUCUCAAUAAUUUCCUCGGAACUUCUUACACCUUCUGGGGUCUUGGAAUCCUCACCGAUAUUCUGAAUGGACGUGAAUGGGAGGAGAGUGGACACUUCCCAAGAGUCACCAUGUGCGAUUUUGAGGUGCGUGUACUUGGAAAUAAGCAUCGUCAUACGGUACAAUGUGUGCUGAUGAUCAACAUGUUCAAUGAGAAGGUGUACGUGUUCCUCUGGUUCUGGCUUGUCAUCGUUGGAAUCGCCACAUUCUUGAACUUCGUCAACUGGUGCCGCAAGUUGUUGCUCCAAUCCGCCCGCAAGGCUCACAUCAAAGCAUAUUUGCAAGUUGAGAACAACGUCAGUGAUGAUGAUUCUCGAUCAUCUCAAGUUCUCGACAAAUUCGUGAAUUCCAAGUUGAAGUCUGACGGAGUUUUCAUUACUCAUCUCAUUGAUAACAACGGUGGAUCUGUGUUCUCUCAUGACGUCAUUGUCGAUAUGUGGGAUCGGUUUUUGCAAGAAGAGAACAAUCGAUCGAAGAAGGAUGAAUUCAACGAGUUUUAA